AUGCCGCUGCCGAAACGCUGCGUGGAGCCCGUGCAUGUGUCACGCGGCACGGUCCCCGAGCGGCUCCAGGUCCCGUCAGAACUUGAAGCUGUCACCAAUGGCACGCUCGCUAACACUGUCAGGCAAUUGUCAUCGCUGUCCAAGCAUGCGGAGGACAUGUUCGGGGAGCUGACACGGGAGGCGACGAACCUGGCUGAACGUACGAACGUGUUGCAGGCUAGGAUAGACCGACUCGCUAUCAAGGUUACGCAACUCGAUUCUGGAGUGGAGGAAGUAUCACUACAAGACAUACAGAUGCGCAAGGCGUUCCGGUCAGCGCGGUCCUUCCAGCAACAGUUGUUCUCGCGCAACUCUAUGCCGUCGGCCAUGUUGUCAACGUACGCGCGAUGCGACCGACCCCCGCCGCUUGAAAUGCUCAACGAGUUCAGAGAUGAUGGCAGAGACGCAAGGAAGUUCUACACAGAUCCUGACUACUUCUUCGAAUUAUGGAGACGAGAGAUGCUUCAAGAUACUGAACGUAUUCAGCAUGAUCGGGGGAAGAAGGUCCGUCAGCCCCGCAGCGGUGGUAACGCAGAAGGCCGAGGCGCGCGCCGCGUCCGGCCGCCGCACUCCACGCGCGACCGCCUCAAGGAGGCCGCCGUCACCCGCGGCGAGCACAUCAUGGCGCCCAGCCAACUCAGGCACUACAACAUCGAACCACAUUACAAACCCGAUCCUGUCUAUCAGACGACGAAUAUAUCGGACGGUGGGUACAGAGUAUCACAGAAUCGGCCGCCGUCAGUACAACCGGCGCGACCCAACUCCAUCGAGAUUGAGAACACACAGAAUAGACAGCCUAGGAUAACUGGGAACGGACAUGUUGUAGUGGCAGAGGAGAGUCCGUACGGCUCAGUAGGCGGCGAGCCCAUCUACGGCGGCAGCGGCGCCGGCACCCCGCGGCGGGUGCGGCCCAGCGUGCCCCCGCCCGCGCCCCCCGCGCCCGCCGCGCCCCCGCACGCGCCCCCGCACGCCGCCUCGCCCCCGCCGCUACACACCCCCACCAGGUCUGCGUUGCCCCCACCGCCCCCGCCCCCCGAGGGCUCGGUGUCCCCGCCCAUGAUGAACGGCGCGUCCCCGCCACACCGCACCGCGCUCGAUGCUCAUCUCGACCACAUGCACGCCGUUAUAGGUAUGAUGUCGUCAGAGGAGGCAGACGGUGGACUGAGCGCGCUAGGUGCGCUGGGCCCCGGCGGACACAUUGCGCCCCCCGCGCCGCCCGUAGCGCCCGCGCCCCCAGCCGCUCCCCCCUCCCCUCCGCCGCCGCCCCCCGCCGAGGACCGGCCGCGGCCCCCCUCGCCCGGUGCCUUGCUACGUGGAGCAUCUGCUCUCAAACCACCGCGCCCUACACCCGAUCCUCAACCCGACCCCAGAUCCGACUUGUUGAAGGCCAUUCGCGAUGGUAUAAAACUUCGCAAAGUGGAGAAACGCUGCGACGAGAAUACGGGACGGUACGACACGUUGCGGGGCGCGCCCGUGUUCCUAGACGUAGCCAGCAUCCUAGCGCGGCGCGUCGCCGUGGAACUGAGCGACACCAGCUCGGGCGCGGACUCUGACUCCGACGACUCCGACCAGUGGACCGAGUCCCGCGCGUGA